AUGCAGGGACGAUCAACGAUCCAGAUUGGCAGAUACUACCCUCAAAGGCGACCAGCCGCCUCUAUCAACCCGGUUCUGGAAAAUCAUCCGUCGAAUGCAACUUUGCAAGUUUUACCGACCUGUCAGGACUCGGGAUUGCCCAUCCACGAACGGAUUGCGGAGUACGGAUGGGGUUUCCUCUCCCAACGCUGGAGUCUUGGAAGUUGGAGAUGGACUCUUGCUGAUCUUUCCCCUUAUCGAAACGGGAAGACGCAUCUUAUCAAGGAAAUCAACGACCGAAUUCCGGUUUUCUCAACAUCAUACGAUAUUACCCCACACAUACCAGCGGACAGAUCGGGGAAGCAAGCAAGUGGGAGGCGGAAUAGGAUGCCGGUCCACACACGUGGCCGCCUUCUUAUGACCACUGCCACUCUCAUUGGCAUCGCCAUAUGCUCUCUGAGGCGCAUGCUCUACGGAAUAUACAGAGAACAUGACAUGGGAAUAGUGGCAGCGGCAGUAGCAGUCACAGAAAUUCCAGAAGUAGAGAGCGCCUCUUUUGUCCUCGGGGGCCACGUGAAAUUGGUAGGACAGCCGCCACCGAGUUGGGUUUGGAUCUUGCUUGGAACUAAUUUGCGGACAUUUGCGAUUUGCACGGAAUUCACAGCUGUUCGACUAGAUUGCUGCCUCGCCGUCUCGGAUAUUGAGGUGACAUCUCUAUAUGCAAAGUGCCGCAGCAUGCCUUGGUAA